UCCUCUCUACCUGUCUACCGGCCAUCAGUUAUUUCAAAUUGAACUUACCCCAACUAUUAAAAUACAGAAAACUCAGAGCAAAAGCGGUGCUUUGAAAUAUAAAUAAAAAUCCCAAAAGCCGGUUCCCAAAGCCAACUUCGAUCAUACCAUGGACGAUAGUUUUAAACUUCGAGUGCAAAAGGUCUUCGGAUCUCUCCAAUCAUCGCAUUCCUCACCUCAGCAGCAGCAGCGGCCGCCUCUUUGGUCUCUCUCGGACGACGAGGUCGAGAGGAGGGAAUGGAGGAGAGAAUCCGCCGUCGAUCGGGAGGAUACGUUGUGUUCGUCGUCGUUUGAUGAGUUCUUGAAGAAGGAAAGAAAGUAUAGGAGUGGGAGGCGUAAAGAACCGGAGGAUGUUCUCGAUAACGAUGAUGACGACGGCGACGACGAUGCUAGAGGUUCGAGUCAGCCGCGUAGUAGAAAAAUCGAAAAUCAUGGAGAUGAGUUGGAGAUCAGAUCUUGUAUUGGAAUGGAUUCCACUCUCGACAAUGAGGAAGAGGAAGAUGAAUAUGACAAAGUGGCUUCAGGCAGGGAAAAUGCAGGUGAACGCCUUUAUAUGAGUGACGUUGCUGAUCAUGGGUCUUUUUUGAAUUCUCAUAAUAUCCUUCAAAGAACAUUCAACUAUACCAGUAGCAAGGAUCAUCGUGCAAAUCAUAUGGCAGCAAGAGUCAGGCUGAAAGAAGAUGAUGAAGAAGCUCAGAAGGUUAAUGAUUGCGGUAUGUCAAAUUCAGAAAUUAGAGAAUUAUCAGUCGUGAAGUCAUCCAAUAAUGGUUGCCAGUUGAGGUCUAUAUUAAAAAGAAAGAACACCGGUACAGAUUCCACGCCACAAAAGCACGAGAGGUUUGACUGUGCUUUUAAAAAUGAUUUUGAAGAGCAGUUUGAAAAGUCUGAGGAUUGUCAUUCUGAAGACUCGGAAGAUGUAUCUAUACAGGCUGAAAAUGACAGAGCACUUCCAGAUUAUUUACGAAAUCCUUCUAGAUAUACAUGCUAUAGUUUUGAUUCAUCAAGUGAGGUUGGUGAAGACUCUAAUGCUCAAUCUUCAGAGGAUGUUCUUAAGCUUCUUCCAAAUUCAAAAUCUACAGAAUCAUUUUCAAAGCACGAGGAAGCACCUCGAUAUCUUCCAAAGUCGGUGACGUUUAUCCCAAAGAGAAAACCUGGCAACCGUCAACUGGGAAGCGGUAUCAGUGCGUUCAAGGGAAGGAAGAUGAAUGUAAGCAGUAUCAGUGACGUUGAGGACAGUGACGUUGAGGACAGUGAAGAUGACGCAACAGAAGAUGCUACACCAGAAACAAGUGCAGCAAAUGAUACUCCAGUUAUACAAAAAGGUGGCCGCAGCUAUAGAGUAAAAUCACAGCCAGAUGACUUUGACCUAGAGGGCUGAAGAGAACAACUUUCAAUCAUUUAAAGGUUUUCUACUAAGAUAUCUUGGAGUGGUUUUAAGUUUAUACUGUUUUUCCUAAGUUCCUGUUUUUGCACCACCAUAACCGCUAUGUUAAUUCAGCCUAUUAGAAUGAUG